CCAGUCCUCUUUGUUGUGUCUUUACGGAGUAGUAGCAACAUGGCAAAUCCAAGCUCGCCGCUCCACAUGGAAAGCUUGCCUGGACCAGUGCUAGUGAAGCGAGGUAUUGCAAAGUACCCCAUCGUGGAAAAGUCCAGAGUCUCACCCCCGCUGACAACUCAGGGCUACCACCUUUGCUCACUAGCUAACCAUGCUUUCGUCUUCUUAGCCCGCCGGCUCUUGACUUCUUGACUUUUUGGGCCUGUAUUCCCCUUCUCCAGUGUCUUUAUUGGUUGCAACCACGUCGUCUCUGCACCCACUCCAUCUGCCUGGUCUGCACCUUGUUCCCAAUGUGGGAUGCGAUACGCCCAGGUACUUGACGUCUGGGUCAUGCUCUCAACUUCUUCCACAAAAAAAGAGCAGAGGCAUCGUUGUUAAAGGCGAAGGGCCCCGUUGUCAUCCACCAUACCCACUUGCCCCAACACUCAGCUUCUUAGCUUGCUUUGUGGGCGAUUGCGACAUUGCCCGUUGAUUGGGAUAUGUGGUCGACGAUUUCGCUCGCUUGCUGAAUAUAAACACAUCGUCUUCCUCUUCUUGCCGGAUUCACCGUUCCGACUUUGGCUGCUACGGACUCGUUUUCGCGCUAUACCUGGACGCUUUUGGCAAAGGUCCAUUCGGUAGAUCUCUGUAUUGUCAUCAUUUGACAACUGAUAUCUGGUCGAAUUUCACAUCGUCCUAUACUCCGGACAUCAGGAAACCCUUUUCACAAUCCACAGUUCGAUUCGAAGUUCCUGGCACAAAAUCAGAAGUAGCGCAGGCCCAUAUCAACCUCGAACGCCGACGCAAGCCAUCUCGCCGACGCAACCCACCACUAAACCCUGUCCAUUCCAGCAUCUUACCCUGGUCGACCUCUUGGCCAAUAACAGACUUUCUCUUCGAGGAAUCCGAUUUGCGUCCGUGUAGAUGGCUCUCAUCCCCUGCAUGUCGGCCAAACUCUCUGCGAGGCCCCUCCUGAGCCAUGGCUUGAGGGGCCGACUCGCUGGGCCCGCUCUCCGUGCCGGUCGGAGCUUUUCGACCACGACCACCCGGCAAAGCAGCCCCCGGGCUAGCUCCGAAGGUUCGGCCAACACCUCGCAAAGUGGUUGGCAUGGUAAUUCAGUCUGGGCUGUUGCUUUAGCCGCCGGUGCCGUUGGCUGGGGUCUUGCUAGUUCGACAAAGGGCAAUUCUGCCACCGCUGGCUUUCUUCCUCUCGGUAGCAGCCUGCUUUCUACAGAUGGUCUGUCUCGCCCUGUGACGUAUGCAAGCAUGGCCGAAAUGGAGCAGGCCUUGAAGGAGAUUCGAAAGGAGCUGGGUGGCGAGGAUAUUAUUUCCACGGACCCCGACGACUUGCAUGCUCAUGGGUAUUCUGAAUGGUCCUCGACCAAUCCGGAUGGCCUUCCCGUUGCUGUUGCAUACCCGCGAUCAACAGAGCAGGUGGCGACGAUCGCACGAGUAUGCUUCAAGUAUAACGUCCCCAUCAUUCCUUACUCGGGUGGUUCCAGUCUGGAAGGAAACUUCUCGGCACCGUACGGAGGAAUCAGCGUCGACUUUGCCUUUAUGGACCAGAUUCUCUCCUUCAAUAAGGAUGAUAUGGACAUUGUUGUUCAGCCGAGUAUCGGAUGGCAAGACUUGAACGAAAAAUUGGCAAAAAUGGAGAGCGGACUCUUCUUCCCUAUCGACCCUGGCCCAAGCGCAAAGAUUGGCGGAAUGAUCGGUACAAACUGCUCGGGAACCAACGCCGUUAGAUACGGAACCAUGAAGGAUUGGGUGAUCAACCUUACGGUUGUUUUGGCAGACGGAACUGUGGUCAAGACUCGGAGACGGCCAAGGAAGUCUUCCGCCGGCUACAACCUGAAUGGACUGUUCGUAGGAUCUGAGGGAACACUAGGCCUUGUAACUGAAGCAACCCUGAAGCUCACUGUUGUGCCCGAAGACUUCUCGGUCGCUGUUGUUACAUUCCCGAGUAUCAGAAACGCUGCUGCGGCUGCAGCCGAAGUUAUGCGCAAUGGUAUUCCUGUGGCUGCGAUGGAAAUCAUGGACGAGGUCCAGAUGAAGGUCGUCAACUUGGGUGGCGCAACAGCGCCUCGCGUUUGGCAGGAACUCCCGACCCUGUUCUUCAAGUUCUCCGGUACCAAAGCCGGUGUUAAGGAGAACAUUGGUCUCGUUCAGAAGAUCACCAAGAAUCACAAGGGCGGUAACUUCGAGUUCGCAAAGGACGCGCUCGAGCAGAAGUUGCUAUGGUCUGCCCGUAAAGAAUCACUGUGGUCAAUGCUGGCCCUUCGUAAGGACGGUGAAGAAGUUUGGAGUACGGAUGUCGCUGUCCCCUUCAGCCGUCUGGCCGACCUCAUCGAGAUCAGCAAGAAGGAGAUGGACGACAUGGGAUUGUUUGCAAGUAUUCUUGGCCACAUCGGCGACGGUAACUUCCACGAAAGUAUCAUUUACAACCGGACGAUCCCCGAAGAGCGAGAGAAGGUCGAGAAGUGUGUCCACAACAUGGUCAAGCGAGCAAUAGAUAUGGAUGGAACGUGUACGGGCGAGCAUUCGAUCGGUUGGGGCAAGAAAGAGUCUCUGCUUCUUGAAGUCGGCUCCGACACCCUCGACGUAAUGAAGUCGAUCAAGCGUGCGCUCGAUCCGAAAUGGAUCAUGAACCCUGGAAAAAUAAUGGACAUUCCCGAGGGCUCAAGGACGAACCAGGGUUCCUCGGUAUAGCCAUGAGGCCCGUUGAUAUGAGAUGUCACCAAGAGCAAUUGCUAUCGCCGAAGCUUGAGGUUGGGCUUAUGGGGACUGCUCUCUGAUCUGCUGCCUAAAAUAUGUUACUUAGGUGCCUGAAACGACCAGAAAGGGGACUAUACCAGGGACAAGAUCGCAAAAGUUCUAGGGAGGCAUGCCGUUAUUUUGCUUGAUGAACACUGAAUGCCAC